AUGUCUUGGCACAAACCAAAAGGUCGAGUAUACUUCAUGUUAAUAGAAGCUCAAAUCAUUAUAAUCAUCAUCAGUUUACUUCUAGUAGAAUAUCCGAUGCUACUCGAAAAGCACUAUGGGAAGAAGGUAGACAACAUAGAUUUAACUCGGACCCUGAAAUGCGCAUCUACUUUUUUGCAAACUACUUGCAACCGCCAGAAAUCCCUUUCAUCUGGUCUCGACGAGGUCAGAUAUAUCGAGUCCAAUCUCGCAGCCGGAAUAUUCACACUGUGUUUUUUCCUCACUAGACAGCUACUAGCACUGACAACUUCCACUAGCACGCAAACAAAAGUGUAUCUGCUCAGCUGCGUCUUUUCGUUUUGGGUCAUGAGCUGUAUCAGCCAGAGAUCACCCGAUCACAGUGAUCCUUCUCAUCCAAGUCGACUGCAGUUUUGCAUAAACGCAAAACCGAGCUGCGUGCUAUGGCGCGCAAGCUUCCAUUAUAACACUUGGGCUUCUCAGUUGUUUUCUAGCCACUCGGCCUCCCAGUUUUGUGAUGAAGUGGAAAGAGAACGUAGUUUUUCUGAUGGCGAAAACCUAUUGAUGAGGGCCUGGGGUGAUUUUUGA